ACACGACACCCUCCCGACCAAGCCAUUCACCAUCUUCACGAACACCAUCGUUCACAACAAACUCCUCCCCUUCAAUGCAGCCGCUUUGAGGCUCCCCCUGCUCGGCGCCAAGCGGGCGCAAACCACGCCUCAACACGACUUACGAUAGUUCUCGAGUAUGUUCCUCGAUGAACAACGUCUCUUUGGACGCCAGCUAUGGAACCUCCCCGACACCUCCGCCACGAGCGCCGACAUCAGCCCGGAAUGCACUCCCUUCACGCUGCCUCAGAACGGUGUCAUCCAGCUUGCGGACUCGGUCAUCACGCUCACCACCGAUGUCAUCUUUCAACCCGUAUGCACCGGAAGUCCGCAAGAGGAUUCCUUCACGAUUGGCCACCUUCGAGAUCCAUUCUACGCCUCGACCAUACCCACCGUAUAUGUCAUCGCAUCCGCCAUGGUCAUCGCGUGGGUGCUGGUCAUCAUGCUGGCCAUCACAUCGCGGACCUCAUAUCUCGGCGCACCGCAAAGCGCUCCUGCGUUUAGCAACGGACAUGGCAUAAUCGGAGGAGCGAGCGGAGGGACGUCAGGAUUAUCAGGCGCGGGGUCAAGACCAUGGUUACAAAAGGUGGCAGCGAUCGCAGUGGCAAUAUCCUUGACCAUCGCCACGGCAGACACUUUUGUCGUCGCGGAAAGACAGUACAGCCUGGGACUCAUGGAUGCGGUCGCACUUCGACGGCAAGUGCUGGGAUCACUGGAGAUCCGAAUAACGAGAGUGAUGUCGGACAUCUUCCUCUGGCUGGCACAGGUGCAGACACUCAUACGACUCUUUCCUCGGCAUAAAGAAAAGGUCAUGAUCAAGUGGAUUGGAUUCGUCUUGAUCAUCUUUGACACGGUGUUUUCCUGCUUGAACGCGUUCUACUACGACAACACGACGCUUGUGGCACGACGGACCUUUGUGGAUGCGAUCCCCGCGUUGUCUUAUCUUUUCGAGCUGGCUCUGGGGUUGCUCUACGCCGCGUGGGUCGUAUACUACUCGAUAACGAAACGACGAUACGCAUUCUACCACCCGAAGAUGUGGAACAUCUGUGUGAUAGCGCUGCUAUCGGUGGUGGCAAUUCUCACGCCGGUUGUAUUCUUCAUCACGGAUGUCAUCGAUCAGGAUGUGGCAGGGUGGGGUGAUUAUUUCCGAUGGGUUGGAGCUGCAGCUGCAAGUGUGGUGGUUUGGGAAUGGGUUGAACGGAUAGAAGCGCUGGAGAGGGAUGACAAAAAGGACGGGAUCUUGGGGAGGGAGAUCUUCGAUGGAGAUGAAAUGCUCGACUCAAGUCCUGGUGGAGGUGAGGAGGCGGCGUGGAGUCAGAGUCGGAACUUGCGGCGGAACUUCAGACGGCAUCGCAAGGAUGAUGAUGUUGGUGGUGGAAACGCAACAAGCAAGGCCGAAAAGGGAGGGUUCAGCCAGAUGACACAGCGAUUCCGAUCGAGACAUCAGCAAUCGCCGUCACAUUUUCCAUUGGGGAGAGCGCAUACCGGGAAUGUGCCUUUGAGCCAGAAGUAUGGCAUUCGCAGGACGGAGACCAGAGCCAGCCAUCAACCGGAGACGACAAUCACAAGUGGACCUACUCCUCCAAUGCCAGUGAUGAGCCCUGUCGACAGGGGGCAGAACACGAGCGGGGCGAGCACGAUAUACACGGUGAGGUAUGAAAACGGGGCAGACGUUCCCGAACCGGUCAUCAGGUGGAGAUCAAGCACGAAUCGCAAUACUUCCAAGAGGACCACUCAGAAGACUGCUCAUCGCGAUGCGGAGAAGGAGGCCCUGGAUGGCGUCGAUGAAGCACCGAAUCGGAAUCGCGAGCAGAGCAGGUGGAAGGGUGUGCCUAAUCCGUUCAAGCGGAAGCGGACAUCGCCUCCGCAGGAGGUCCAGCGUGCGCGACAGGCUGCGAAUGACAGCCAAUUGCCUUCACAUAACUUUUCGAAGUGGGAUGUGAGGAAUCGACUCGGUGUGCUCGCGGCCGAGACUGGCGAACGGAUCCGGGAUCGAGCUGCCACCCGCAGUACUGAGCCGCAGGAGACUCUGCCUGUGACGAUCAUCCCAGCGCAACCUCGUGGAGGACGGACGUGGACGCCAGCUGCGGCGGAAGAGGAGGAGUCCUUGGUCAAACAACGGAGUGGAAACUCUGACAGCCCGCCGCGCUCAGCUGACACGACUGUCACCACUUCGUCGACUCUAACCGCGAAUCCGUACCAUGCCCGCGAACCUCAGUCUCAAGCCCGGGCAGCGCACAACGGUAGAGAACCGACUCCGCCCGUGCUGCAAUUGCGACGUACUGAGAUUCCGCGGUCCGACAACAUUAGCCCUACAACAGCAAGGAGCGGGCCGCCGCGAGCGGACGACAUCAGUCCUGCGGCAGGACGUAAAGGCGCAACAGUCGUUGUGCCAGCUCCUCCACGACGAACACCUGACCAACGAGCAACACCAGCGGCAGAGGAUCGUAGUGCGGCAGGCUCAGCUCCGCCGUGCAAUACACCUGGGCGGUCCACAUCGAAUGAGUGA